AUGGCGGCGCCCAUGGAGGUGGCGCUGGUGUCGGACGCGGCGGGGCCGCUCUGCAACUGCUCGGUCUGGGAGCUGCACUCGGGCUCUGCCCUGCCCGGGUACCGUGGCGGCAACAGCGGCCCGCGCGGGCUGGCGCUGCUGGGCGGCGAGCACUUGCUAGGGGCCCAGCUCGGCAAGAGCUACAUCAACGUCUGGGAGCUCCAGAGGAAGGACCAGCUGCAGCAGAAGAUCAUCUGUCCCGGCCCUGUGACCUGCCUGACAGCCUCUCCCAAUGGGCUCUACAUCCUGGCGGGGGUCGCUGAGAGCAUCUACCUGUGGGAGGUGUCCAACGGGAACCUCCUUGCCAUCCUGAACCGACACUACCAGGACCUCACAUGCCUCUGCUUCACUGACGACAGCAGCCACUUCCUCUCGGGGGCCAAGGACUGCCUGGCCCUGGUGUGGAACCUCUACAACGUGUUGCAGGCAGAGCCCUCCCAGAUCCCUGAUCCCCGGCACAUCUGGUCCCGGCACAGCCUCCCCAUCACCGACCUGUGCUGCGGCUUUGGAGGGCCCCUGGCACGGGCUGCCACCGCCUCCCUCGACCAGACAGCCAAGCUCUGGGAAAUCUCAUCUGGGGAGCUCCUGCUUUCCGUGCUCUUCGACGUGGGGAUCAUGGCUGUGACUCUGGACCUCUCUGAGUACCACAUGUUCUGCGGGGGCAUGGAUGGGUCCAUCUUCCAGGUCGACCUCUGCGCCUGGCCGGUUCAGAGAGACCGGACCUUCCAGACAGAGCGGGAGAACGGGAAGGUCUUUAAAGGGCACAGGAACCAGGUGACGUGUCUGUCGGUGUCCACAGACGGCAGCCUCCUGCUCUCGGGCUCUCACGACGAAACCGUCCGGCUGUGGGACAUCCAGAGCAAGCAGUGCCUGAAGACGAUGAAUCACAAAGGUCCAGUGACAAACGCCUUCAUCGUGCUGGCCCCUGCCAACAUGUUCAACCCCGAUGGGAAGCCCAGCGUGCCCCUGCCCAAGUUCAGCAGACACCUGCACGGCACCGAGAGCAGCGACGAGCCGGGCACUGAGGGAGUGACGCUGCGCCUGGGGCUGCACCAGCAGGAGCCUGGCCAGAGCUACCUGGAGAAGGCAGAGAAGAUGUACUCGCAGAUGUACUCCACGAGGGAAAAGAACCUGGUGGGAGACCAGGAGCACCUGACGAUCCAGGUGAGCGAGCUGGAGGAGGAGGUGAGCAACCUCCGGAAAAUCAACAAGGACCUCUUUGACUUCUCCACUCGCAUCAUCACCAAACCAGCCAAGUGAAGAGGCUGCCCCCGCCCUCGCACCCCUCCGCCUCUCCCUGUCCGGCUCCUGGG